AUGAUAGAAAACCUUAAAGUACUACAAAUAAACCUAAACAAAAACCCACGCACUACAGAAUCAACGCUACAACUAGCAAUCGAGCUUAAAGUGGAUAUUAUUGCAAUCCAAGAGCCGUGGAUUGCACCUUCAGAUAGCAAUAACUACGAAGCCCCAAGAUCAAUAGCCCACCAAAGCUUCUACCAAAUCUUUCCAAAAGCAGACCCUAACCUCCGCCCAAGAGCUCUAUUUUAUAUAUCUAGAUAUCUAACAGCAGAGGUUAGCCAGCUAGAGGAGAUAGAUGACCCCGACGCCAUUGCUAUCACGAUCCAAGAAGGACGCUUAAAGUUCAAUAUCUACAACCUACCAAUAUCUACCCUGCUGCUAAUGGACGCCAACGAGCACCACCCGUGGUGGGACCUAGGCUGCAAAACUAGCCGAGACGGCCAGCUACUAGCAGACUGGAUAGAAGACCAGAACCUUAGUCUUCUUAACACGCCAGGAGCCACUACCUUCUUUAGAUCGAAUAUGUCUCGAGAAACAACAAUAGAUCUAUCUAUCGCUACCCCAGAUCUAGAAGACAAAGUAAAAGACUGGCAGAUUACAACAGAACCUGGAUCUGAUCACCAUGGGAUACUCUUCUCAAUCCAGACAACAAAGCACCUAGUUAAUAACCCUGCUAGACAAACAAGAUACAAUAUAAAAAGGGCAGACUGGGACCUAUUUAGAGAAGAGCUAGGUAGAGCUAUACAGAACAACGUAGCCCUACAAUCACUAGAUCAGAUCAACCAACCAAGAAAAGCAGAUUCAAGAAACCUACUCCUAGGCCAAGAUAACGAGCUUAAGCUGCAACUAGAAGCAAUUGGCACAGCAAUUACGCUAGUUAUCCAACAAGCCGCAGAUAAAGCUAUUCCACAACUAAAGCUAGGGCCAAAAGCAAAGCCC